CCUUCCUCCCUCCAGCCGGUCUCCAGUCAUCAGCCGAGCGGCGCGGAGCGGAUUGAGUCAAGAGAAGCUACCGAGAGGUGGUUGUUGACCGACCGCAGCAGGUUCUCACCAAGAAACCUGAACAUACAGCAACUUGACAGCAACGCCAAGACCUUCUAGACAUUUUUAACAGAAGGGUUAAGCGGUGCCGGAGCUUAAAGGCGACGCGACGGAGAAGAAGAAGAGAGUAAAUCCUCGAAGUGAGCUGCUGGAGGAUCAAAGCUAAUGCUAAGCUAAUAAUGCUAAGCUAAAUAAUUACACGGAAACACGUGUCAUUUCAUUAGUCGCUUUGCUUUGACUUUCUGUAACUGUAACUGGGGUUACAAAGUAGAUAGUCGAGGGUGUGAAUUUGUUAAGUUAUAUGUCACAUUUUAAUUUAAAUAGCGAGGUUUGUUUUUGCCUUUUACAUUUUAGGCCACAAGCGACUUAGCUUAGCUUAGCUUAGCUUAGCUACAACAGCCGGGUCUCAGAGAGGUUACACCGGCUCUACUGCUGCUCUCAGGUUGCUAUAGUUACUACGUUAGUUACUACGUUUAAAGCAACUUCACACAUCGAGAGGUGUUGUUUAUAAGUUACACUUAGAAGUAUCUGAGCCUGGUGCUUUCACAAUGCUGAAACAACAGCAGCAAGCCGGCUCCGGCGGGAGGAAAGCGGCUAACGGGACCUCGGGCCCCGCCGGGAUGUCUUCUGCUCCGGUCAGCGGCAUCAACAGCGGAAGCAACAACAGAGCGCCGGCCGGGAGGAAUCGAACUUCUGCUAAGCCAUCAUUCCAGUCAUCUCCGGUGUUCGAGGGUGUGUACAACAAUGCCAGAAUGCUUCAUUUCCUCACAGCUGUUGUGGGUUCCACCUGUGACAUUAGAGUGAAGAAUGGCAGUGUAUUUGAAGGCGUAUUCAAGACUCUCAGUUCUCGGUGUGAGUUGGCUGUGGACGCUGUACACAAACGCAGUGAGGAGGAGGCGGCUCCGACAUCACUUCUGCCACGGAGGGAGGACAUCACUGACACUAUGAUCUUCAGCCCCUCAGACCUGGUGACUAUGAUCUGCAAAGACGUUGACCUCAACUUUGCCACCAGAGACACCUUCACAGACACAGCCAUCAGCGCCACUCGCGUCAAUGGAGAACACAAGGAGAAGAUUUUGCAGCGGUGGGAGGGAGGAGACAGCAAUGGAGAAAGUUACGAUCUAGAAAAUGAUGCAUCCAACGGAUGGGAUGCCAAUGAGAUGUUCCGUUUCAAUGAAGUGAAAUAUGGAGUCACGUCAACAUAUGAUUCCAGCCUUUCCAUGUAUACUGUGCCACUGGAAAAGGGCAACACUGAGAAUUUUCGGCAGAGGGAGGCACGCGCCGCCCGCCUGGCUAAUGAGAUUGAGGCUAGCCCCCAGUAUCGCCACCGUGUCGGCCUGGAAAAUGAUGAAGGCAAAAGCGAGGAGGACAAAUACAGUGCUGUGGUGCGGGAGGGCAACGAUCGGGAGAGGGGCCGUGAGAGCCCCCGUGACAGAGAGCGCGAACGGGGCAGAGACAGCCCUGGAGCCAGCACCAGGGAGGGCAAGUACAUUCCAUUACCUCAACGUCAGAGAGAGAUGAACCGGGAGCGGGAGCGAGGUGAGAGAGGUCCUGGUGGGCCUCCACCCCACAACCGUCUAAGCGGAGGUUAUCGCUCCAACCCUCCAUCCUCCUCCUCCCCCAGACCUCCACUGCCCUCUGCUGCUGGUCCCCAGUCAGGCGUCUCCCCUUCAGAGAGAAACAGCCCUCUGUCAGGCCGAGGCGGGACCUAUGCUCCUCACCACCCCCAGGGAAGCCCAAGCCCAGGCCCGAACUCUGGCCCUGCGAGCUCGUAUACAUCUGCCUCUGCAGGAGGACCAACACCCACGCCAGCCUCUGCUUCCGCUGCCCCGUCUCCCGCCAGCCCCCCUGCUCCACAUGGACACACGGUCCCUCAUUCCCACUCACUCCCACACUCCCUGUCUGACGCUGGCAGGCCUGUUAAUGGAGUCUCUACCAGAACAUCUCCUAAAGCCCAAAGACCUCCACAGUCGAGCAGAACAGUCCGUACUUCACACUCUCAGUCCACAGCUACUCGCUCUCCUAAAUCAGGUUCUUCCCAGGACACGCCUUAUUUGGACACAUCGUCUGUCUCCAUGCCUCCCCAGAAGACGUCUGGCCCCGCCCCUCUCUUCCCUGUCGAUGUGAAUGAGAUCCUUGGCGCAGCUGCAAAAGAACGCGCCGCAGAAAGCGCCAGCAGCACAGAGGACGGCAAGAGUAGUAAAGUUCCCUCUGUUCAGCAAAGGUCGCAGAUUGAGGAGCUGCGGAAAUUUGGCAAGGAAUUCAGGCUCCAGCCGAGUGGAGGCAGCUCUAGCUCUCCCAGCUCCCCAGCAGCAGCAACCCCACCUGCCAUCGGUGAGGUCACCCAACCCAGCGCAUCCAAACUCUCGCCAUCAGACGCUCACCCUGCUUCAGAGCCCAAAGCUCAGGCUCCAGCUUCCACUCCUUCCCAGCCCCAACCUCAGGCUUCACCAGCCCCUGCUGAGAACGCCGCCAAGGACGCCGCAACUACACCCGGUGCCACAACAAGCGCCACCACAGCACCCGUUUCAGACAGGCAUUCACCAGCCACCCCGCAGCCAGCCAGGACCCCGGGAAGCGAGGACGGCAGGCCUGAAUCAACGGAGGGCGUGGCAGACCAAGUAAAGAAAUCAACCUUAAACCCCAACGCUAAAGAGUUCAACCCUAUCAAACCUCAAAUGACUAUGGCAAAGCCCACCCCUUCGCCCACUCCACCUCGGCCAACUCCUCCAAGCCCAGUGGUCCUUCAGCACCCAGGCGGACAGGGACCACUGUACAACACCCCCUACCUCUCCUAUGUAUCGCAGAUCCACUCUGUGCAGCCCCCACCAAUGUACCAGUACACCAUGUCUGCAAUCAGCCAGGGAAAAUACCCCAGGACCAAAGGCUCAGUAGUGGCUCAGCGCUCCGACCAUGGUUCUGCAGCACCACCGAUGCUGCAAGCUGCACAGUCAGCAGCUGGGGCCCCGCUGGUAGCGUCGCCCUACCCUCAGUCCUACCUUCAGUACAACCCACAGCAGUACAGCCAGCAGCAGGUCAUCCAGGCCAUGACACCCUACCCUGGACAGCCGAUGUACUCCAUGCUGCAAGGUGGAGCCAGGAUGAUAGGUCAAGGUGGGGGUCCCCACCCACAAGCCUUGGGACCCCCAGGAGGCCCUCAGUUCUCUACACAGGGAGACGGACCUCAGGGACAACAGCAGAACAUCUACGCUCAACAGUCCUUCGCUCACCACACGGGUGCAGUUCAUCAGCCUCAGCCCUCCAGUACCCCGACAGGCAACCAGCCCCCUCCCCAGCAUGCUGCACCUAGCCCUGGACAGAACGCCCAGCCAGGCCAACAGCCCCAGUCCUUGUACCACUCAGGUCCCCUGUCAGCACCCACCCCACCCAACAUGCCCCCGGGCCAUACGUCUCCACAAGGCUCGUACCCCAUUCAGGGCUACAGCAUCCACAGCCACCAGGGCAUCCCUCAAACGUAUCCCCUGGGACAGUUAACACAGGCCCACGUACAGGGAGCCAUGUCGGGUCACCACGCGGGGGGCCACGGUCAGCCCCAGUUAGUGAUGUUGCAGCCGCCUCCUCAGCAGGGCCCCGGCUCAGUGCCCCAGCACCCCCAGCAUGGACCACAGCAAGGAGCACACCAACACUUUUACAUAGGACAUCCACAAGCAAUGCAGGUACAAACGCACCCUGCUCCCUUCCAUCAGCCUGGAAACUAAACCCCAUCCACCCUCCUCCCAACCUGUUCUUAGGAAUGAGCCCCAACAUCCCCACUGCCUGCUGGAUGUGAGGCCCAGACUGAACGUGACUCGUAAUAAACAAACUGACAGGACCGUACAGAGGAGAGAAGAGGACAGAAAGUCUCACAGCACCUUAUUCUUCUGCUGUAACGUUCUUCAUCAGUACAAAACCUCGGUGUCAGCCCCAGAUGCGGAGGACCUUUUUAAUGGUAAUGAUGAUGGUGUGUCCGACCCCUGCUGCCAUCCCGCUCCUCUCUCCAACUUCUACCCAUUUCAGAGACAUGAGGCACCUUGCUGGGCGGACCAGUCGGAGAGGAAAUAACACGGAUGUAAAACAGCAGCAGACACUUUAUCUUCCAGCAGUGUGUUUUCAGCUUUGUGGAGUUUUGUAAGUACCAUAACACAAAUGGGAAACACAGACUGCCGUGGGAUUCUCAUGAAUACAGCAUGAAAGGACGGAUUUGAAGAGGAGAGGGGAUUUUUAGCAAAUAAUUUUCCUUUUUUUAAAAACUCUAUCUAGUAGUUGAAACCACCCCUUUGCUUCUUCUCUCCUGUAGGAAAAUAUAAUUAAUAAAAAAUGGACAAGACAAAAAAAAUAUAAAAAAAACAAUGACCAAAAAAUAAAGUUUUCAACUCAA